AUGGUGGGAAUGCCCUUGCUAACGUACCCUCCUGGGUGGGAUACAGUAGCCGCGGGCAAGGUAAAGGACUGGACGGUGAUUGCAAACAAGAUCCCGGGCCGCACAAACAAAGAUUGCCGGAAGCGAUGGCACAAUGUGCUGUCCGGGGGAUUCAAUAAAGGCUAUUGGACCGAAGAGGAGGACGAGCUGUUGACCCUGGCCGUACAGACACAUGGAGAGAUAUGGACGGCAGUGGCUGAGGUUGUAAAGACCCGCAGCCCAGAUCAGUGUGCCAAAAGAUGGAAACAGUGCCUCGAUCCACAGCUGGAUCAUAGUGAGUGGACAGAGGAAGAUAACCGUCGGCUUGUUCAAGCGGCGGCCGUUAAAGGAAGACGGUGGAAGGAAAUCCAGAUCGAGCAUUUUCCGUCCCGGUCCCGCAACAGCAUCAAAAACCAAUUCACAAUCCUCACUCGACGAGAGAACAAGUUAAGCCCUAGUCGCAGGCGGAAGCCCAAAGAAGGUACGCAACCUGGGUCACACACCGACUCAUCAUCAGAAAGCGGUGAUGACGAUGACGGCGAGAGUAGCAAUGAGGAAGAUUAUAAUCACAAUGGAAGAAGUACGGUGGAAGACAGCAGCCAUCAAGGACAGAGCAGCUACUGCUCGCCAUCUAAUCUCACCCACCCGCUGGCGACUCCCGACGAGAUCUCUCCAUGUGCAGGGCUGGAUGCAUCCGCGUGGGACAAGGUUACCCCGGCUGGAGUCUCCGGCCACACAUGGGAUACGACCCUGUCGUCCGAUACGGAGUUUUCAAGGCAUGAGUUCCACGGUGAUCUGCCCGAUCUAGCCACCGUCUCGCCAGAGGUCUUGCAGGGGUUCUAUCCUGAUCUUCUUUCUCCGACGCCUACCGAUAUGCCCUGGGUCUUCGACCAGGGGGACUUGGCAAUGUCAGGAGUCGAGUCUCACCAACACCUCCCCGGACCGCCCACAAAUCCUCGUGGCAGCAAGGUCGUCCUCACCGUCGAAGGACCCGAUCACCAGACAGUCGAGGCGUUGGUACAGGUUGCAUUUCUCAGUGGAACUCCAUUUCAUUUGGCGCGUGGAUGA